GCAUAGUAAACAUAAAAACCAAAAGAAACAAAAUCAUGGGAUCUAACUAUGAAGAUAUUCAUGAUCUUCCAAUAUGUUCACCCCUUGAAGCAAUGAAUGAUGAUGAUGAUGAUGAUGACGAUGAUGCAUGUCUCUCUGCUAUGCUUCUUUGUUGUGGUCCAAUGAUUUUCACUUCAGUAUUGAAAGCUUCAAUCGAGCUAAACUUGUUUGAGAUCAUUUAUAAGGCAAAUCCACCAUGUGUUUCAGCAUCUUAUGUUGCUUCACAGCUACAACAAACAACACAACAUCCUCAACUUCCUCGAAGACUUGACCGAAUGUUGUGUCUUCUUGCAAGCCAUGGUCUUCUUGUUUGUUCCACAAGGACAAAUGAUGAAGGUGGGAGUGAAAGAGUUUAUGAAUUGUCUUUGGCUGGUAAAUACUUUGUCAAUGAUGAGAAGAAUGGUUCUGUUGCUUUGUUCUCAACAUUCAUGAAUCACCCGAAAUUGAUCGAUGCAUUCACCAAUGUUAAGGAGGUACUGUCAGAUUGUAAUAAAGGACUAUACAUGAAAGUUCAUGGAAUGGCUGUUUAUGAAGGAAUACAAUCUGAUCCAGCUUGGAAUCAUGUGUUUAAUAGAGCAAUGGGGGAUAUUUGCACUAUAGAAAUGAAGAAGAUAUUGGAAAAAUACAAAGGGUUUGAAGGAAUAUCAUUGUUGGUUGAUGUUGGAGGAGGAAUUGGGCAAAGUUUGAAUAUGAUUAUAUCUAAGUAUCCUUCUAUAAAAGGCAUUAAUUUUGAUUUGCCUCAAGUAAUACAACAUGCUCCAUUUUAUCAAGGGAUUGAACAUGUUGAAGGAGACAUGUUUAAUGGUGUCCCAAAAGGUGAUGUCAUAUUAUUGAAGGCUAUACUACACAACUGGUCUGAUGAAAACUGUCUCAAAGUUCUAAGUAAGUGCUACAAUGCUUUGCCACAACAUGGUAAAGUGAUUGUUGUGGACUUCAUAAUGCCUCAAGAAAUUCAGCAUACAAAAGCAGAUAAAAUGAUUACUAGCUUUGAUAAUCUCAUGUUUCUAGAUGGUGGUGUUGAAAGAACAGAGAAAGAAUUUGAAAAGCUAUGCAAAUUCUCUGGCUUUUCUAGUUUUCAUGUUGUUUGUCUUGCUUUCUCUGCCCUAGGAGUGAUGGAAUUUUAUAAAUAAUUAAAUUAAUACAUAUACAAGUGUAAGUCUACUCGCUAUGUAAGUAACUACGGAUCUUGAGAGAAUUUUACUUAGCUAAAAUAAGUGAUGACUA